UUGCAGGUGACCUGUUGAAUGAAAUAAUAGAUAUUCUAAGAGGAUAUCAAAAUCAACGAUCCUUGAUGCCAACUGGACCUGCGCACUUAAAGGAAGAAGAGGCAAAGGGAAAACUUUGUUCUGAAGACGAAGAAGAUGCCGAGAGACAAACGGUUCAUAUUGAUGGACAUAACGAAAAACCUGAAGAUUUAUGCAUCGACAAGAAACAGAAGGAAGAUGAUGAAAAGGAUCGGAAACCUCCACAGGUGUAUGGAAUCAGAAAGGUUACAGCACAUGAGAAGAGAAAUUUCGGUAUCUCAAGGAAUCCUUUGUGGAAGAACAACAUUAUACCAUAUGAAAUUGAUACGAAAUCUUUUGGUCCAAGGUUAAGUAAGGCUGUCGAAAUCAUCCAGAAAACAGCUUAUAAUAUCUCUAAAACUACCUGCGUGAAAUGGAGACUCAAGACAAAUGAGGAUAAAUAUUUCAUCAAAUUUAUUGGAAAUGCAGAUGAUGAUGACGGAUGCUGGUCUUAUGUUGGAAAUCUGAACCAUGAAGGUGGACAAGAGCUACUACUUAGUGAGGGAUGUCUAGAUGAACACACCGUACUACAUGAAAUGCACCAUGCAAUGGGCGGACUUCACGAACAACAGAGGAACGGAAGACGAACUUUUGUGAAAAUCAACUGGGAAAACAUCGAAACUGAAAAUACAGAUCAGUUUGGCAUAGAUCAACAUACUAAAAAUAGAGAAGUCUAUGACUAUAAGUCAAUUUUACAAUAUCAACUGGCGGCCUUUACAAAGAAUGGUAAAAACACAAUGAAGAUUCCUGACAGGGAUCUGGAGUACCUUAUUACAAACCCGAAAUAUUUGUUUUCUUUCUAUGAUAUGGCGGAGGUUAACAAAGCGUAUAGAUGUCCUUCAGCCAGCUGUAGUUUAACAUGUGAGAAUGGCGGGUUCAGAAUGCAGGCUGUAGAGCAUCAGACCUGUCACUGCCAUUGUCCUUCCGGGUUAAAGGGCACAACCUGCAAAGUGUUGGACACUGACGAAGGUUGUGGAGAAACGAUAACACUUUUGAAUGGCGAAUCACGUGACAUUCAUUUGUCGUCAUACAACACUGGUAGAAUGUGUACAUGGCUUGUGAAGGCUGAAUCUGAUUCUCUAAUCAAAGCCAUUGUUACAAAUAUUGAUCUUCCCUUUAGCGUGAGAAAGGAAUGCUACCAUUGGCUGGAAAUCCGUGAUUACCUCAUUGGGGAUCCUGGAAAGGAACUGUGUGGGAAAUCUACAACUCCAAAAAUAUAUACUCAGGUGAAUAUAGGCGAGGCUUCACCAUUUAUGAUUCGAUUCAACAGCAAGAACAACCAUUAUCCAGGGACAGGUUUUACAAUAAGACUAGAAGCUUUCCAAUCAGGUUGUAUGAGUUUUCCGUGUAAGACAGGGUCAACAUGCACAGAGGGAGACGGUGGCGGAUCAUAUACCUGCACAUGCAAAAACGGUCUGUCGGGAGAAACCUGUGAUGAAUUUAAAGCACUGUCCGAGAAUUUCUGCAAUUUUGAAGAUGACUUUGGGACCUGCUUAUUUGACCAAGAUAAAGCAGGCAAUAUUCUGUGGAGCUUUAAUACGCGACUUUGUGAAAGUGAUGACGGACCAUGUUUAACACACGGCACUGAUUACCAAUUCCUAACCAUGACACCCUACUACGACGAUGUCCCAUAUACCACCAAUUCAAAAGCCAUAAUCAAAACAACUGCCAAGUUUGAAGCCAAUGACCGAUGUCUAUCGUUCGACUAUGCCAUUGGUGAAUUUUCGGCUGAUAAACCACCAGCAGAGAUAAACGUAUAUGUAGACGGAAAUGGAAAGAAAAUGUACAAGUUAUACAAUAUCAAAACAACGACAAAUUAUGAAUGGCGGAACGCAGCAGUAUCUAUUGAAUCCAUGGAGGAUCUCGUGAUUACAAUAGAGGGCGUUUUGGGAGAUCCUUUUCUUGGAAUAGAUAAUAUAUCCCUUCGUCCAGGAUUAUGUAGCAAAUGUAAUCCUAAUCCAUGCAAAAAUGGAGGGACCUGUGAAGAAUCGAAUUCAUACGCAGGGACCGGAACUGAAUACAGGUGUACUUGUCCCGAAGGGUUUUCCGGAGAGAUGUGUGAAAUUGAUGUGUGUAACAACAAUGAUUGCCAGAAUAGCGGAUCCUGUUUGGCGGACAAGAACAAUGUACGAGGAUAUAAAUGCAUCUGUUUUACAGGUUACAAAGGAGACAACUGCGAAGGUCGUUCCUGUAGUUUUGAAGUUGAGAAAGACUCAGCUUGCUUUUUGAGUACCGUUAAUGACAAUUGGUUUAGGAAAAUGGGAGCAACUUCAUCAAGUGGGACAGGGCCUUUAUAUGCGAAUGACGGAUAUUACUAUUUUUAUUUCGAAGCAUCUCGUCGUUCAGCGGGGGCGUCUUAUUACAUCUAUGAUAACAAUAUUGUAUUUGAGAACGAGACCUACUGCCUCAGCCUGGCCUAUCACAUGUAUGGAAGCGGCAUGGGGUCAUUAAAAAUCUUAACCUACAUUGAUAAAAAGGGCUUUAAGGAACAAUUUUCCCUCAGUGGAAAUCAAGGGGAUGAAUGGCAUAACAUUGAUGUCAAUCUGCCUCUUGAUAAAGAUACCUGGAUUGCUAUUGCGGCAAUUAGAGGAAGCUCGUACAGGAGUGAUAUCGCAAUUGAUGACGUCAUUCUCAUGCCAUCCCCUUGUUCACCAUGACUUCAAAAAAGAGAGAAAACGACUGAACAAUUCAUAUUUCAUUGAUGUGAUUAGAUAAUACUAAUACUGAUACUGUGAUUAGAUAUGUCCUUUUAAAUACUUUGUAAUGCAUCUCAUUAAUUUUGCUUUCAAAUAAAUGAAUAACCUCUAAGAUUUGCUAAUUACAUCAUGCAUUCAUCAUUAACUUACCGCUUUUUACAUGUAAAUAAAUUUUACAGUAUACCGUAUAAGUAGAUAUUUUAGCGAUAAGCAAGUUUAGCGAUAAGUACUUGAAAUGGCAUUUUAUCAUGAGCAAGAUAUUAUUAUAUCGAUUUUAAAAUGCUCAAUUAAAAAGUUAUUACAAGGAAAAUGCAAUUUUUUUUCAGCGAAAUUCAAUUUUAGUGAUUACAGCAUCCUCGCUUAUAAUGCCAAAAUUUAAUCCUUGCGAAAAGGUUAAGCUUACACGGUAUUCUAUCAAUCGACUUCUCAUAAUAACAGCAGUAAAAUUUAUUGAUGCUUGUAAUAUAUUCUGGGCUUAGGUCAAAUUGUUGGUUUGCUUAGAUAUCUUUUGACAUUAACGUUAAACAGACAUUCUUUUUUUUUAAAUUGAUAUAUUCAUAAUAAAAACUUUUUUAUAUAAGAAACAACAUCGCGACAAUUAUAGGUGUGUCAUAUUUUUACAGAAUGAUUAAAAACUCAUUUUUUCUUUUCAUUUUAUUUCAGCAUUUACUUGGAAUAAACAAUGUCAAUAUUGA